AUGACUUUACACAAAAAUUCCAACGAAGGAGUUCAAGCUUCAGGGUUUGAGCUCCAAGAUAAUCUGGAUGUUCCGCAUUCUAAUGCAUCAUUCCAAAGCUUUAAAUCCGACGAGGCUGAACAGGCUCACAAUAAUGAACACUUGAUGGAGAAGCCUCAGUUUAAUAAGGCAACAAUCUCCAACUACUGUAAAACAAGAUUUACUGAGUUGUUCCCAACAAAGCAGUCGAUGGCUGCCAACAAGCACCUUUUGAAUCCUCUUCCUGGUUUAAGAAUGAUUGGUUUCAAACAAUGGCUCUUGAUUUUAUCUGGGUUCCUUGCAUGGACUUGGGAUGCCUAUGAUUUCUUUUCGAUUUCUCUAAAUACUGUCCAAUUGGCUAAGGAUUUUGAUAAGACAGUCAAGGAUAUCACCUGGGGUAUUACUGUUGUUUUGAUGUUGAGAUCUGUCGGUGGUUUCUUCUUUGGUUACUUGGGUGAUAAGUACGGUAGAAAAUGGCCUUUAAUUGCAAAUCUAAUGUGUGUCUGUUUUCUUGAAAUCGGUACUGGAUUUAUCAAAAACUACUCCCAAUUCUUGGGUGUUAGGGCUGUUUUCGGUAUUAUGUUGGGUGGUGUCUAUGGUAAUGCGGCUGCAACUGCGUUGGAUGAUUGUCCUGCAGAGGCAAGGGGCUUUAUUUCUGGUUUCUUACAACAAGGUUACGCAUUUGGUUAUUUGUUGGCUGUUGUUUUCAAAAGAGCAAUUGCUGAUAAUUCCCCUCACAGAUGGAGAGCAAUGUUUUGGUUCGGUGCUGGUGUCUGUUUCUUAAUUUGUUGCUUCAGAGCUGUCUUGCCGGAAACUAAGGCUUUCCAAAGAAACAAGGAAAUUGAAAGGUAUAAUGAAGAACAUGGUAUUCACCAGAGGUCUUUCAAGGAAAAGGCCACUACUUCUUUGAAGAUCUACUGGUUGAUGAUCAUUUACAUGGUUCUGUUAAUGGCUGGUUUCAAUUUCAUGUCCCAUGGUUCUCAAGAUUUAUAUCCAACCUUAUUGACUGUUAGAUAUAAUUUUAGUGAUAAUGCUACAACUGUUACAAACUGUGUUGCAAAUAUUGGUGCAAUCACAGGUGGUAUCAUUAUUGGACAUUUCUCGAAUUUCAUUGGUAGAAGAUUGUCGAUCAUUAUCUGCUGUAUUAUUGGUGGUGCUCUAAUUUAUCCUUGGGCCUUUGUUGACAAUGCAAACAUUAAUGCAGGAGCUUUCUUUUUACAGUUCUUUGUGCAAGGUGCUUGGGGUGUUGUUCCAGUUCAUUUAUCCGAAUUGGCACCACCUGACUUCAAAGCCUUUGUUGUUGGUAUUGCAUACCAAUUGGGUAAUUUGGCAUCCUCUGCAAGUUCCACCAUUGAAACAACAAUUGGUGUGCACUUCCCAAUGACUUCUCCAGGUGGUGAACCAAUCUUUGAUUAUGCAAAAGUUAUGGCAAUUUUCGUUGGCUGUGUCUUUGCAUAUGUGUUACUUAUCACAUUUAUUGGUCCAGAGAGGAAAUCUGUGUCCUUUGAGGAGCCAGUUGAUGAGGAUAUCGAAAUCAAUGAAAAAAUCAAACACAAUGAAGAAAUCGAGGCUGGCUCUAACUUGGGAACUUCAAGAGCAUAA